AGAAGUUGGUCCAGUGCCAAAUGUUCAUGAGAACCGGAAGUGUGACGUCAUGGUCACGGGACGUACGUGCCCGAACGUGCUUCCCGGCAUGCAAUGUUACAAAUGGCUCCUGUUGUUUGAGUUGUUGUGUUUUUCUCUAAGGACCAACGAUGACGUAGCAUCUUGGUUAGUGAGACCUGACAGUGACACUGACUGAAGGAGGAUAUGGCUUAUGGUGGCAACCAGACAACACUCAGCGGUCGCAAUUGUCACAGGUUUAUGUGGGAGUUGGAGGAACGUUAUGGAGUCCUUAGUUGUCAUGGUAACCGCCAUGUCAGGCCCCAGUACCGCUGGAGCCAGUGAAGAGGCUAUGAUGGGAAACCUGGGCUCCUCGGGAACGAGCAGUGCAGACAGGGGAGGGGGGUUCCUCCGGAGGAGCGAGCGGAUUGGCCGGAGGCUGGGGCUCUUCAGCUCCGCCCGGGUGGGCGAGGCACCGUCAGUGCCGUCCACAGCGUCCGCUUCAGCGUCUGACGAGCCGGCAGAACCGAGAAGUAGACGCCGGCGGGGGGCGAGCUGUUUCCCGCGCAGAAGCCGCCACCAUUCCCGCACCAGGAGCAGGUCCCCGUUGGAGAGUCGUUCGAGUUCCCCGACCGUGAGCACAGCGUCGUCCAGCGGUUAUGUCACCGCCACACCGCGUACGGUCGAGUCCGCCUCCCAGAGCAGCAGCCAAUCGUCAGCCAGCUCCGGGCGUGUCCGCCGUACGGGCGCGCGGUGGGCGGAGUUUCUGGCUCGCGGGAGCCAGAGCAGAAGAGACAGUCCCGGUACUGCCGCGGGGGGUGACAGCAGUGGUGGGAACGGCAGUUCCAGCACCAUUCUGAACCUGUCCACUCUGUACCCCAGCGGAGAGUUCGUUACCACAACGUCUAACGAGUCCACGUCCACCGUUCAUGUCAGGGUCCGGGGACCGGUACGGGAUUCCUCGCAGGCCGCCACAGAACCUGAGGUGGUGCCCACGGGUCGGUUUGGCUUUGGGUAUAACCUGCGUAGUCGCGCCCGUGCCCAGCGUGCCGCCUCCACGCCCCCAGCCGGCCCAGCGCCCGCGGCGCGCUCCAGGCCCGCGGUGGUGCCCACGGGUCGGUUUGGUUAUAACCUGCGGAGUCGUGCCCGUGCCCAGCGUGCCGCCUCCACGCCCCCGGCCGGCCCCACGCCCGCGGCACGCUCCAGGCCCGCGGCGCGCCCCACGGCAGAGUCCAGCCCUGACGAGGCCGGCCUGCGGCUUGCCGACCUGCUGUCGCUGCGAAUCAGCGUCCGGCCGACUGAUCGUGACACGAGUUCCGCCGCUCCUGAGUCCGCAACCGCCGGCCAACCGGACGCCUCGGAGGCCAGGGGCAGGGAGGACACCGGCAGUGCAGAGGCCAGGGGCAGGGAGGACUCCAGCAGUGCAGGUGCGAGCAGCCCGGAGAGCCGCGGGGAGUCGGCAGCGAGGGCCCAGGGAACUCGUAUCACGAUUAUCCGCAUCCGGACCGCGCCGUCUACUCCUGACCUGGGCAGCCGGGAGGGGGCGCAGCCACGCAUAGCUGUCUCCACCCACAACGUGAAUGGACCGACCCACGCCUCCAGCACUGCAGCUAGGAGAGAGGACAGUACCACUGAAGCUGCGGGGAAUGGCAGUUCCUCCAGCACGCCAUCCUCCGAGUCCCGGAGUCCUGGAGCGGCGCCCGCCUCCGGACCGCUCCGAGAGCGCAUCUCUGUGAUGGAAUUCGACACCAACGGGGACUCCGACAACGAGUCGGACAGCGACAUUCUGGAGAUGAUCAACAGUCGGCUGCGACAAGUCGCCGCCAGAACGGAGGAACAGGAAGGCGCUAUCCGCCCCCGCAGAGCGCUGUCAGCAAACCAGGCCUCCCCGCUCACUCUGGUGUUCUUAGGCAUCGUUAUAUCUGCGGACGGAGAGGAUACGCCCCGCGGCCUGACGAAGGAACAAAUCGACACCCUGCCGACGCGCACGUUCAGCGAGCCUUCCCGCGAGGAGAACGCCACCAACUCUUGUAACGUCUGCAUCACGGAUUACAUCGAGGGGUCCGUUCUACGCUGUCUUCCAUGUACACACGAGUUUCACGCCGUCUGCGUCGAUCGCUGGCUCGGAAUCAACGCGUCCUGUCCCGUCUGUCGCCACACGGUAACAAGCGAAGCUUAGCGCUCAACAAACUGUCGUCACACAAAGAUUAGAAAAUUAACGAACUAUUCUGCUGUGAAACAACGGCCUAGGGAAAAACUGUUCUGUUACUGAUCAUGGUCCUGAAAAAAUUAGGGUUGGUAGGUAGGGAUUCUUUUUUUCCCUUAUUUAAAGAUUUUUAAAGAUUGAGUUAUGAUCAAGAAAAAACGACAACAAUAUAAAACAAUAUAGAAAUGCAUUCGGAUACUGGUUCUUCAACACUGUAUUGUCAUAAUUAAUGUACAUGACUACAUUGUACAAGCAAAGAAGAAUAUAAAGUUUACUGUACAUGGUCA